AGAUGACACACACACACAGAGGCAACCUCACAGAGAAGAGUGGGAAUUUGAAUGUGUGUGUGACGGUCACGUGCGUGUGUGUUUGGUGUGAAAACCAUUGCAUCGGCCUGGUCGAUAUGAGAUGUUUGUCAGGCGCCUGGCUGGGUUUGGACUUCUUCAGUCAAAACAAAGGUGCUGGUAAGUGCUGAAGAUGAGUAGUGGUGGGGGGGACACUCCGGAGCCCCCCAGAGGGGACUCUCUGAAGAGGAAAGACUGUCAGUCGGACCUCCUAGGACCCAGCCCGAAGAGAAGCACAGAGAGACGGAACAGGGAGCAGGAGAACAAAUACAUCGAGGAGUUGGCAGAGCUGAUCUUUGCCAACAUCAACGACAUGGACGACCUCAACGUCAAGCCGGACAAAUGUGCCAUUCUCAAGGAGACUGUGAAGCAGAUCAGGCAGAUCAAGGAGCAGGCAGAAAAGGCUCCGGUGGCUGAUGCUGAGGAGGUGCAGAAGGCGGACGUCUCCUCCACGGGGCAGGGCGUCAUCGAUAAAGACACGCUUGGCCCGAUGAUGUUGGAGGCCCUGGACGGCUUCUUCUUUGUUGUCAACAUGGAGGGCAACAUAGUGUUUGUGUCGGAGAACGUCAGCCAGUAUUUGCACUACCAGCAGGAGGAGCUGAUGAACACCAGCGUCUACAGCGUGCUGCAUGUCGGGGAUCACAAUGAAUUCAUCAAGAACCUUCUGCCCAAGAGCCUGGUCAAUCAUCGGAGCGCUGAUUCGUCCAACAGGAACAGCCACACUUUUCACUGCCGUAUGUUGGUGAACCCUCGCGCCGACGGUGAAGCUCAGCUGGCCCCUGAGCAGCCGGACGCUGCGCAGCAGAAGUAUGAGACCAUGCAGUGCUUUGCCGUCUCUGAACCCAAGUCCAUCAAGGAAGAGGGGGAAGACUUCCAGUCCUGUCUCAUAUGUGUGGCAAGAAGAAUUCCUGUCAAAGAAAGGCCUGUGAUGCCGGCGUAUGAGAGCUUCACCACGCGGCAGGACCUUCAAGGUAAGAUCACUUCAUUGGACACCAGUGUGCUGAGGGCAUCUAUGAAGCCAGGUUGGGAAGACCUGGUUCGGCGCUGCAUCCAGAAGUUCCACCUGCAGAGUGACGGGGAUAUGUCCUUUGCCAAGAAACACCAUCAAGAAGUGUUGAAGAACGGUCACGCACUUAGCCCUCUUUACCGAUUCUCCCUGGCAGAUGGCACCAUCGUCUCCGCUCACACAAAGAGCAAGCUGGUCCGAUCUCCAGCUACCAAUGAACCUCAGCUCUAUAUGUCCCUGCACAUCCUGCAGAGGGAAAAUACUGGAGGCCUGACUGCAGACAUGUCUGGUGGCCAGGAUGUGGGGAAGUCAAUGACCCCAACCAGUGUGAGUGGAACCUUCCCCUCACCUGAUGCCAGUGUCACCAGCAACACCCAUCACUCCACAUCAGCCCCCAGCACCCCGGGACGUGGCUUUGGGACUGUACCAGGACGAGCCACCACUCCUCAGGGAAACUGCCAUGCUCUGAAGCUGGACAGCCCUUCAGCCCAAGGAAGUCCAAGUGUCACCUCAGGGGCCCAGAAUGCCAUGUUGUCACCAUGCCAUCGCCAGAGUCCUAGCACGGCGGCUAGCAGUAGCACUUCUAGUAGCCCUCACCUCCUCCAACGUCCAGCUGGUUCUUUCUCUCCUGCAGCUGGAUUUCUAUCGCAGUCUGUGUGCAGCAGCACAGGAACUAGCCAAGGGUUUAACUCUCUUUGUGCACUGCAAGCUCUCAGCCAGGGUCACAGGAUUUCUCCAGGGCUCACUGAGGGACAGCGUUCAGAGUCGCCUGACCGAAAACUACCAGCUCUCCAGAGUCCCCUACACAGUACAAACACUGGUACAGCACAACUUUCCAAGAGCAAUCCCAGUUUAGAGGCAGAUUUAUUUGGACCUUUUGAAGAGCAGGAGGAUUUUUUGUCGCCUCAUACCCAGGUUGGUGAACAGGACGAGGAGAAAGAUGGUGAUCUUGACUCCUUGGGAGGUAAUGGAAACCUUGGAGAGCUUGGUGAUGCAUCAAACCGCCAUCUUAACAACAAAGGCCACACCAAGUUGCUCCAGCUCCUCACCACCAAGUUAGAACCCUCUCCCAGCUCACCAUCAGGGUCUGUGGGGGACGACCAGAACUGUAAGGACCAACUGUGCAGUGUGUCAGGGGCAGGACUUAACAACCAGUCCACUUCAUUAAAGGAAAAGCAUAAAAUUCUCCACAGACUGUUGCAGAACAGCACUUCACCUGUGGAGUUGGCCAAGCUAACCGCUGAGGCUACUGGAAAAGACCCCAUUGGUUCAGAGUCUGCGUCUGGGGAGACCAUGGCUGUUCUGAGUGAACUCUGCAUAAAACAAGAGCCAGAGAGCCCCAAGAAGAAGGACAACGCACUGCUUCGCUACCUCUUGGACAGGGAUGAUAAUAGUAUUCUUGAUAAAGCCAUCAAGAUGGAACCAGUUGAUGGACUGAAACUGUCCAACAUUAAGACGGAGAAGCCAGAAGCAGGUUUUACUUUGGCUGAUCAGGCCUCUGAGCUGGAGGACCUGCUGGAGGAUCUCCAAAAUGGCGGCCAGCAGCAGCAGCAGCACCUGUUUCCCAGUCAGCCACCAUCCUCUUCCUCUUCAUCUUCCUCAUCGACGGCGCCGCCUAGCUCCUCGGCGGACAAACAGACCAUCAUCAGCGACAUUCUGCAGCUGAAUGACAGCAGCAGCUCCCCCAGCCAACACAGAGCCUUCCCCACCGUCGGCCCCGCAGGCUUCAACAGUGCCAGACCAGAGCAGCAAGGUCAAGGUGCUCCUCCAGUCAGGAGCAUGUCUCUGGACAGCAGUAUGGGCUCCAGCCCCACCAGGACUUUCCCCCCUCAACACAGGAACAACGGACCAUACUCUUUACUACACCAGCAAGGCAUGAUGGGAACCCAUCCGGGCAUGACCAAUCAGGCUGGGGUAGCCAACACAGGUAUUCGAGGCUCCAUGCAGCAAGGCUGGGGUCCUCAGGGGCCCUUAGGUGGCACCGUGGGGCCAAUGAUGGGUCAGGGGUUUGUUCGUAUGGUCCCCAACAUGAAUUCUGCGCUCCCCACACGAGGCAGCGCGCCACCCGUGUCCAGAGUCAUGGCCAACAUGCAAAUGAUGGGCAAUGACCUGGACAUGGCCGCCCCUCCUUACCAUCCGCAGCAUGCGCCGCCCAAUCAGACAGCUCCGUGGCCCGAUCGCAUGAUGAUGGAUCAUUAUGGAAACCAAAGCAGGCCGUCGUACGGCAUUCCUCAGGAGGAAGGGGUCGGUUGUUGUGGCUCGGGGCCUGAAGGCCACACGGACGAGGGCGCCCUGCUCAGCCAGCUGUGCUCGGUGCUGAAGGACUACGAGGGUCUGGAGGAAAUCGACAAGAUGCUGGGGAUCCCAACGUUGGCAGGACAGGGCCCUCUGUCAGAUCAGGAGCAGUACCUCGGCUCCUCGGACCCUCCAUCCAGCCUGAAGCCCCCCCUCUACAGUCAACACUACGGGGGGCAGCCAGGUUACGGCGGCAUGCCUCCUGAUGGCAGGUACUCUGCUCCAUCCAUGGGCGGCCACAUGGGGCCUCAAAGAAUGGGACUUGCAGGGUACCCCCCUAUGAUGAGGAUGCCUGGUGGCCUGGGACCUGGGGGGGCCACUUCAAUGGUCCCCCCGCAGCCCAACAACCUGAGGCUGCAGCUACAGCACCGACUCCAGGCCCAGCUGAACCGUCAGCCAAUGGUGAACCAGAUGGGCGGAGUCUCCAACAUGAAUCUACCUCUAAGGUCUAACGUACCAACCCAGGGAAAUCUCAACGCCCAUAUGGUGGCCCAGCGUCAGCGCGAGUACCUCAGCAACCACCUUCGUCAGCGUCAGCAGCACGUGCACCAGCAGCGCACCAUGAUGAUGAGGACGCAGGGCAUAAACCUGCCGCCCAACAUGCCCAGCGGGGGCGCCGCUGCCACGCCGAUGCCGAUGGGGGGCACCAACCCUCGGUUACCCCAGGGCAGCCUGCAGCGGUUUCCUUACCCGGCCUCCAGCUACGGUACAGGCCUGCCCUCUCCUCCUCCACCUCCUCCUCCUCAUCCCGGCUCCUCCAGCCCCUUCUCCUCCCCUCUGUCCCCCAGUCAUCUUCUGGCAAGCCAGGGCAUGAUGGGAAAUGUAGGCGGGCAGUACAGCGGUGUAAUGAGCCCGUCGUCACAGCACAGUGCCUUCCAGUUCAGCAGCUCAGGAAUGAGCCAGCAGCAGCAGCAGCAGCAGCACCAGGACCCAGGGUCGUGCUUCCCGUGUGGCGCGACCGCUCCGCAGAGCCCCCUGCUGUCCCCCAGGAUGGGCCAGAGCUCCAUGAUGCAGCAGAGUCAGGGCCAAGCCCAAGCCCCGAACCAAGGAGGUCCGCCCAGCUACCAGCCCAGUCCAGACCUCAAUGGAUGGUCUCAGCCUGCCAACAUCUCCAGCAGCAGCAGCGUGUACACGCAGCAGUCUCCGUACUCAACUCAACCCAGCGGUGGAUUAUACAACAGCAGCAGCAUGAACCUGGGAGUCUCCAUGGCCAGCAGUGGAGGCAACAUGAACUCCAUGUCCGCCCGGAUGACUGAACAGGUGAGCGACAGCAGCCUGAUCCUGGAGCAGCUGGCAGGCAUCGACAUGCUGACCCAGGAGGGUGAUGUCAGCUCUAAUUUUUGCUGACCAUGGCUUUGGUUGGGACAAAGUAACACAGGGACCCGCAAAACCACCACAGACAAGCAUGAAGAAGCUGAAGGACAUCCGCCAUCUUGGAGGCUCAAAGGACGAAGGACAAACUGAGACACAUAAAAGUCUCUGAACUCGGCCAGACGGCUUUAGUUCCUGCUUUAUGCAAAAGUCAGAGAUUCCAAGGAAACCAUCGUCUGAACCGACCUGACAGCAAACACUUUCAUUGUAGAUCCAUCGCAAGAAG